AUGUUCCAUGACUCGCCGAUGUAUGUGGUUGGUGGUCGUGCAUUGGUGCUGCCCCAUAUACAAAUGGUACAGCGUAUGUCGUUGAAUACGAUCACUCUGGAGGUGCAUAGCCCACGUGUCUACACUCAAAAAGGAGUUCCAGUAUCGGUUACUGGUAUUGCACAGGUCAAAGUUGAAUCACGUAAAAAGGAGACCUUAGCGACCGCAUGUCAACUUUUCUUGGGCAAAAGCGAAGAGGAGAUUCGACAAAUUGCACUCGAAACGCUCGAAGGACAUCAACGAGCCAUUAUGGGUCUGAUGACCGUUGAGAAUACUUAUGUAAUCAAAUUGAAGGAGAUCUAUCAAGAUCGUAAGAAAUUCAGCGAGAAGGUAUUCUCAGUUGCGAAAUGUGACCUCGUCAAUAUGGGUAUCACAGUUGUUUCGUAUACAAUCAAAGAUAUAAGCGAUGACAAUGUUAGUUUAUUCAAGUUGAAUUCACCCGGUUAUCUGAAAGCACUGGGAAUGAAACGAACAGCUGAAGUGAAACGUGAUGCGCGUAUUGGUGAAGCAAUGGCAAGACGUGAUCGAAUUAUAAAGGCAGCUAAAACGAAUCAAGCACUUAAAGAAGAGGAGAUGGAAGUGAAAAUUAUCGAGAGAACAGCGCAAAUUGAUGUGGCCGAACAGGAAAUAACACGUAAAGAACGUGAACUCGACGCAAAAGUAAAACGUCCGGCUGAAGCCGAGAAGUAUCGUUUGGAAAGAUUGGCCAAAGCUGAAAAACAACGAAUCAUUCUGGAUGCGGAAGCGAACGCAAAAUCUGAAACGGUGCGUGGUGAAGCAGAGGCGUAUGCGAUCACGAUGAAGGCCAAGGCGGAUGCCGUUCAAUUGCAGAAGAAAGCUGAAGCCUACAAAGAGUUCAAAGAGGCUGCUCUGGUUGAGAUCACUCUCGAUAUGCUUCCAAAGUUUCAGUUGGCCGAGAAAGUGGGAUCGUCGUUGUAUGACGGAGUUGAGGAUAUGAAGAUGAUAUCGACAGGUGGAGGGGAUGUGGGUGCGGCGAGAGUUACGCAAGAGGUAAGUUUAUGUGUCGGUUGCAUUUGUUUUGUUCUGAAGUUGAAGUGA